GGCCCAAACCAUUGGACAUCAAAGCACAAUCUAGAAAUCUAACCCGGGUAAUAUUCAUCCCAAAAAAUUCUACACUUGUAGUUCUAGAAAUUGGAUCAACAUACAAAAAUAGGAAUUCCAAUGAACCAACACAAAUGAAAAUGUUAUCCAUUUCUUCCCUCUCAAACACCCUCAACACAAACACCAAAAAACACACCUUCUUCUUCCUCUCACCCACUUCUUUUUCUUCAUCAUCUGCUACUCAAAACAAAUCCUUUAAAUACCCUUUAAAUUUCUCAAAAAACCCAUCUUUUCCCCUUUUUCCCUCAAGAAAAUCUCCAAUUAUUAUAGCAAAAGUUUCUCCAGACUCAGAAUCAGAACCAGAAGUUUCUACAACAGUUGAAGAUGAAUGGAUUAAUAGAUUGCCUGAUAAAAAGAAACCUUUAUAUGCUCAUAGUUUACCCUGCAUUGAAGCUUGGCUUAAAAGCUUAGGUUUUUAUCAAAGUUCUGAUGAUAGGGCUGUUUGGUUUAUUGAAAAAUCUGAAUGGCAUGCUCAACUUUCUCUUGAUAUCACUGACCUUAAUAUAAGAUAUUUGAAGAAUGGACCGGGCAAUCUAGAAAAAGAUAUGGAGAGGAGAUUCAGCUAUGCACUGAGUAGAGAGGAUAUCGAGAAUGCUGUACUUGGAGGACCGUAAGAAAUGAAUACUGUAAUCAUUCAAUGGUACAGAAAAAGGCAUGUUCUGCUUAAUUAGGUUUGUUGGAUAAACGUUUCAGUAAAAGAAUUUUUUUCGAUAA